GACGUUGGCAACUACAACACCCAGCGUGCCCUGAGGCAACAAGGCUCCUCAGCCCAGCAGUUCGGAUCCUGGUGCCACUCAGGUCCUUUCACACGUCUGAAUUCGACUGGGCACCAUGAAUGAAGAAGUACAGUGUGACACCUCAUCACUGUAUUCCAGCACCUUUGCCCAGGUCAUCUUUGUCAAUGUAGAAAAACUGUACAUGACAGAUGUUCCUGUAAAAUGCAACUACACAUUGACACCCAGGAUCGUACCUCAUAAGAAGGACUGGAUUGGAAUUUUCAAGGUUGGUUGGAGUACAGCUCGAGAUUACCACACGUUUGUUUGGGCCCCUCUUCCAAAGGAGGACAGUCGGGUGGAGCAUCAACAGCAAGUGACGUUUGAGGCUUAUUAUCUGCCAAAGGAUGAUAAUGAUUUUUACCAGUUCUGCUACGUCACUCAGAAGGGAGAGAUUCGUGGGGCCAGCACACCCUUUGGGUUCAGGCUAGCAAGCUGCAGCACACCUGAUCAGCUGGAAAGUGAUUCCAGUCAAGAGAUGCUCAUCAUCACUACACAAGAAAAGCUAGAAGAAACGGAAAGAGAGAAAGAUGAGUUGAAGGAGAACAAUCUGAGGUUAAUGGAGGAAAAUGCAACCUUGAAGGAAAAGAUCAAAGAGCUUGAAACCCAGGCAGCAAAAGAAAAGGAGGAACGUUCUGCAGCACUGGAGACGAAUAAGAAAGAGGUGAUGGUCCUCGAGAAACAAGCAUUGGAACAGAAGGCAAAAAAUGAGUUGGAAAUGAAAGCCCAGAAUGAAAAGCUGGAGCACCUCAGAAAGGACCUGACUGAGAAAGAGGCAGCUUGCUUAAACAUGCAGAAGGAAAACCAGAACCUGCUGGCAAAGGUGAAGUUGGCACAGGCCUCUGUUGAGCAACUGGAGCAGAAGAAUGAGAAAGCUGUGGAGAAACUGAAACAACUUCACCAAGAAAGCAAGCAGCUCAAAAUGGAAGUCAGCACGAAGGAGAGCGAGUUAACAAGUCUGACAGAAGUAAAGAAUAAAUCAGCUAAUGAGUUGAAAGUUGCACAGGACAAUCUCCAGCUAGUUCAGUUUGACUUUGAAACCCAAAAGAAAGAAAACUUGAAGUUAAAGGAGGAUCUGAAGAAGUUGGCCGAGGUGCAGAAUCAACAGCAGAACUGCGUGGCUGAGAUUUGCCACUUGCGCCAAGUCCUGAGCAAGUCCGAGGAGCUGAAGGCUUCCAACGCUAAAGCUGUAGAACAGCUCCAGGAGCAAGUGGGUAAUCUUCAACAGUGCCUGAAGGACAUGGAAAAGCAGGUGCAGUUGGCCCAAGAACAGCAAGCUCAGACCAUGGCCAAGCUGAGAGUUGCACAAGCCAAUCAGGAGCAGAGCGAAAAGAAUCUCCACGAAGCACAGCAGGAGAUCCAGCACUGGAAAAGCAAAUUUGAGAAGGUUGACGAAAUCUUUUCAAAGAACGAGAUUAGGUAUUCGGAUAUUGAACGCGAGCUUGAAGACAAGACCCAUAUCGUGGACAUUCGCAAUAUGGAGGUGGCUGCAUUACAAGAGGAGAUCACGAAGCUGAAUAAGAAGAUUGAUGAAUUAAGGUUCAGUUCAAACCAUCAGAGUGGAACUUUGAAAUUAGAACAUCCUAAUCCCUAUGGCUUGAAUGUUCCAAAAGCACAUUCUGCUCGUCCAGGGCUCCUGUUUGGAAACCCAUACUCCGAGUGUGACUUCACAGAACCUCAAACUACUGAGCAAGUUGAUCUUGAAGAAAACCUGGAGGACUUGGAGAAUUCCCAGGACUUUGAAGAGGAUCCAUCUCAUAUAAGCCAGAAGUGCCCGGUCUGUUUUUUCCCAUUUCACUCGACCAUGGAUCAGUCUGUUAUGGCGGAACACAUCUCAGCACACUUUGAUCACGAGUGUCCCAUUUGUCAAGAGGUUUUUCCAGAGGACAGACAAAAUCUGUAUGAAAAUCAUGUGCAAUCUCAUUUUUCAGAGACCAACUGAGAGACACGUAACAAGUAUGAGUUAUGCUUUAUGAAGACACUGACAUUUCUGUUCUUAAUUUUAUUUUUUUUGUCUCAUUUCCUUCUGCUUGUGCAUUAAUAUUUAACCUUUGUACCCAGGUAAUAUUGCACCGUCACGGGUUGGGCAGAUGCUGGCUUUCUGCCGAUGCUGCCUUCACGUCAGCCAUGUAGAGAGACAAGAUUGACGUGUAUGGUAGGGAGAGUGUUUCAUUCAGUGAGUGAGUCCAUGUCAAGGCUUCAGCUAAAAGUGGGUUAGCAAUCUUUAAGAGGACUUUUAGUUCAAAUAACUGCCAGUUUUUCAUCACUGUUAUCCUUUAUCUGAAUACAUACAUCACUCUCUGGUGAUUAAAUGUAACUUGCUCUUUUCUUAAAGAGCUAAUUCUUUACUGGUGGAGACUUCUGACUUGAAGCCUGAGAUUUGCCACCAUUUUCCCAUCUCCAAGAUUUCUGUCAUCCAUUAAACUUGAAUGGACACCAAUCCAAAUCGGCAGCAAAAUAACACAAGGGCAGCGCAGGUUUGACGACCCUUACCCGAGUACAUCUUUUGUGUAUCCGUUAUGAAUUGAAAGUUAUAGAUGCACAAUGUAUCUAGAAAACGCAAUCUAUUUUAGACCCAGAUGUCAAUCCAGAUUUACUGAAUAUCAUGCAAUUCCCUCUUUUUAGCAGAACAGUACAUUCUGCAUUUGCACUCAUUUGUAUAAUAACAUGCUUCACAAUGGAACUGCAAUACAUCUUGCCAUGAGCAACACAACAUAACCUCUGGUAAAACAAAACCAAAUUAUAUCUGCCACUUAAGAUCCCUGCCCAUUUCCUCUCCUGUGGUGGGUUGUUGCAUUCAUAGGAAAGUAAAAUGUUCUGAAUUUCCUGUGCUAGCAUUUGGAAUUGUAUUUGAUUUGGAAUUUUUAUUUCGAUGACUUGCAUCUCGUCUAAACAGCUUGGGAUUUAUGCAGGUAUACUGAUAUAAUUUUUACUGGCAUAUUGUUUAAAUGAUUAAUGAAGAAUCCAUUGUAUCUGAAGUAUUACACAUAAAUCCAGUACUGUAUGUUUAUUCCUAGUCAUUUUGACAACAGUGAAAAUUUUGUUGAAUGUUGAAUUUAACAUCUUUAUUCAAGAUAUCUGACUUGUAUUUAGCACAUGUAUGUUGUAAUCUCAGUUAUAAGGUGGAAUUCCAGAUUCCUCAAAUACAUGGUUACAAAAUGA